UCUGUUUAGUACGCAUUUAUCUGUCCAAGUGAAAACUCAAUCAGACCAUAAGUGAAUUGAACAAUUUUCAAACAAAAGGAAAAGAAUAAAAUGGAUGCAGACGAUGAUAUCAUUGAUGACACCUUCAGCAGAAACCGCAAAAACAAAGAAAAGCCUCCACUAUGGGAUUCGUUCCAAGACCCGCCCUCAAAGAAGGCUACCGGCUCUGCCGCAAGUUGGAACAAACUGGGAAUUUUUUUAAAACUCUUUAAGCUUUUUACGUACAUUUUUGUAUUUAUCACCGUCCUGGUCACAGCCAUUGCUUCGAAAAUCUCAUUUAUUUUUAUGGUGGCUCAAGUUCAACCGCACCGAAGUCUUAAAUACUGCAACAUUGUAGAUCGCGACGUAGAUUAUAUUGUCAAUUUACCCAUAACGGAACAUAUUGUGUGGCUGUGGGGACUCAUUAUUUCUUUCGCUGCACCAGAAGUUUUUACCUUUUUUCGUUCCCUUCGAAUUUGUAUAUUCAAGGAUGUGAAAUCACCUACAUGGCCAGAAGUUUUAUUGGUGAUUUCCUUUGAAUUGCUUCAUGUAAUCGGAUUGGCCCUACUGACAUUUUACGUUUUUGCACAUUUGGAUUCGGUAAAAGCGUUGAUGUUAUGUAGCAGUGUUUGCUUUACACCGGCCCUUUUAAACAUUCUUGUUGGUACCCGAAAACACUGGAAAUCCAUUGCCGUUUAUACAAUUAGCAUUUUGGCCCUAAUGUCACAGUCAACGGCAUUUGUGGUCUGGCCAUCCUUUGUCAAUUCAAUACAUGUGCAAAUAUUAGCCAUACCCUUGAUACUGGUUUCAAUGCGUUGGUGGGAAAAUUACAUCAAUUCUUAUUCCAGCAUAGGCAACUUGAUUAAAAUGGUCCGUCGAACCAAAUCACGCUAUCACACGUAUUUGUAUUUGUCGCCAUUGAAAGUUAUUCUAUUCGGUGCAAUUGCGUUUAGCGUUCAUGGCUUGCCUGUCCCGCAGUAUUUUUCAAUGUUUACCCAAUCAUGGAAUCCACACAAUAUUCUGGUUAAAAGGGUCGAUAUGGUUGUGAAUACAUUAUCGAAUUCAUCGCACCCAACAUCCCCAACUCUAACGAAGGCCAGUGAAACAUUCACCAUCAAAUCAGACACGAAUGUAGUCAUCUACACGGUGCUAGUACAGGUGCUGUCAUCGUAUUUGUGUUAUAUUUUUGCCAAAUUUGCAUGUAAAAUAAAAAUCCAAGAAUUCAGUUUCGCCCUGCCUUUGAGUUUGGCUACACCAUUGGCUGUGGUCACCACAGUUGCUCUAACAUGGCUGCGGGAGUCAAAUGUGUGUGCCCUUAACGAAUACUUUCCCUCGUACUUGGCAUUACAGGCUGUGUCGGAUGGGUCGGACGGGGAUGGCGGUUAUGGCAGUCUUUCUGAUUUCAUGAAUAAAAUUGUCGUAGAACACCUUUGGAUUUGGCUGUUGUGGUGGCUCUCACAACUGUGGGUAACACAUCAUAUCUGGCGUCCGAAAAACGACAAGAACCUUCCCACCGAGAAGCUGUUCAUUUGUCCGUGGUAUUGCGGCUUUUUGGUAGAACAAUGUAUUGCGCUGAAUAGACGUAUUGUGGAUUGGAAUGAAGAGUACUUAUCAAUUAAGGGCGGCAACAAGAAGGCCUUGAAUGGCGACCCAGCCACUGAUAUUUUGGAAUCGGAUAAGAUUGCACAACUCAUUGUUUGUGCAACAAUGUGGCAUGAAACCAUGGAUGAAAUGAUGGAGUUCUUAAAGUCCAUUGUCCGUCUCGAUGAAGAUCAAUGUGCCAGACGUAUGGCCAAAAUCCAUAUCAAUAAUGGCAAGCCGGACGAAGGUUAUUACGAAUUGGAAACCAAUAUAUUUUUCGAUGAUGCUUUCGUAUUGGAUGAAAAAUAUGUAGAAAAUCCCAAAAACCCCCCACUCAAUGAAUAUGUGAAACUACUGAUUACCAGCAUCGACAAGGCUGCGUUCGAAGUGUACGGUGUUAACAUUAAGAUCAAGCCACCCGUAAAAAUUGAAACACCUUACGGCGGUCGCUUAGUAUGGACACUGCCCGGGCGUAGCAAAAUGAUUGCUCAUCUGAAAAACAAGGACAAAAUUCGUCACAAAAAACGCUGGUCCCAAGUCAUGUACAUGUACUACUUGUUGGGCUUUCGUAUAAUGGAAUUGGAAAAUGUGUCAGCGAAGCGUAAAGCUGUUAUAGCAGAAAACACUUUUUUAUUAGCUCUCGAUGGUGACAUUGAUUUUCAGCCACAGGCUGUACAGUUGCUGAUAGAUCGCAUGAAGGCUAUCGAUGAAUUGGGAGCUGCCUGUGGUCGCAUUCAUCCAGUAGGCAGGGGACCGAUGGUUUGGUAUCAAAUCUUCGAAUAUGCCAUUGGUCACUGGCUGCAAAAGGCUACUGAACACGUUAUUGGCUGCGUUCUCUGUAGUCCUGGUUGCUUUAGUUUGUUUCGGGGCAGUGCUUUGAUGGAAAACAGCGUCAUGAAGAAAUACACUACAGUAUCACAAGAGCCGAUGCAUUACGUUCAAUAUGAUCAAGGGGAAGAUCGAUGGCUCUGUACGCUCAUUCUUAAGCAAGGUCUGCGUGUCGAAUAUUCUGCUGCCUCGGAUGCCUAUACCCACUCACCAGAAAUUUUCAACGAAUUUUAUAAUCAACGUCGUCGCUGGGUGCCCUCUACGAUCGCAAAUAUUUUUGAUUUGCUUUCUGAUGCAGAAAUGGUUGUAAAGAAUAACAGUUCCAUAUCGAGACCAUAUAUUUUUUAUCAAGCCAUGCUAAUGGUGGGAACCAUACUCGGCCCCGGCACCAUAUUUCUCAUGAUGAUCGGAUCAUUCGUUACGGUGUUCAGUACAGGAAUUUGGACAUCAUUUUUAUGGAAUUUUAUUCCAUUAUUAGCAUUUAUUUUGUCGUGUAUUUAUUUAAAACAAAAAUAUCAGCUCUUGUUGGCGUUUGUCAUAAGUGCCGUAUAUUGCUUAGUAAUGAUGGCUGUACUGAUCGGUAUUAUUAUACAAAUGAUAGAUGAUGGACCCUUGGCACCAGCUUCCUUAUUUUUCCUUUUGGUAUUUUUGCAAAUUUUCAUUGCAGGAAUUAUGCAUCCACAAGAAGCUGGAGCUCUCGUUUGCGGCUUAAUUUACUACAUAACCAUUCCGUCCAUGUACAUGCUAUUACUUAUCUAUUCCGUAUUCAAUAUGAAUGAUGUAUCAUGGGGGACACGUGAGGUGGCUCCUAAAAAGGACGACGAAAGCACUGUACAGGAUGAAGAAAGUUCAGGAAAAGAAUAUUUACCGGGUUGGAUAAAUGAUCCCCUACUAGUUGACUCGCAGUUGGGCGAGAUAUCGUUGCGCGAGAAACGCUUCUGGAAGGACUUAAUUAAAUUAUAUUUAAAGCCUAUGUUUCACACAAAGGAGAAAAAGGCUGAGAUUGCUGAUAGCCUUCGUGAACUGCGUAAUAUGUUUGCAUUUGCUUUUGUCAUGAUUAACGCAAUUUUUGUUCUAAUCGUUUUCUUGCUGCAACUAAAGAAGGACUAUUUGCAUCUGGAAUGGCCCAUUGAUCCGGAGGAUUUUAUAACAUAUGAUGCAGAUAAUUCACAAAUCUAUAUAUAUCGACGUUACAAACAUCUGGAUCCCAUUGGCUUUUGUUUUGUCAUUUUCUUUGGCAUCAUUCUUAUUAUUCAGUUCAUUGCAAUGUUCUUCCAUCGCUUUGCCACCAUAUCACAGCUUUUGGCCACAACCAAAUUGGAUUGGCUGAGAGCAUCAAGUACGAUAACAGACGAGGAUGCUGCACAGGAAAUUCGAGGGAAUGCAGUGCACAUUGCACGUCAACUGCAACGACCAAAACGUCUUGAUGACGAGGAUGAAGAAGAUAGUGGUAAUGGCAGUAAAACCAACGACUGGGAUGAUGAUGAUGUGGGGAAUCACAUGACUCGACGUUCAACAGUAUUCAAGUUGCAUGAAAAUCGUAAUAAGAACCAAUACGAUUACAGUGAUUUGCCACGGAAUUUUGAGCGUCGAUUUUUGGGCGAAGAUGAUAUCAGCGUCAAACAUAUAUCCAUGAGUCGCAAAUCGUUGAUGCUCCUUAAUGAGACACGUUUUGUAGCUAAACGACGUCUAACACAGCAAACACAUCGCAAUACGGUUAUGAAUAGAAAUCCUAUGCAUGGAUUUGACAACGAUGCCUUUGAAAGUUCGAACUGAGAAAAGUUGUAAUAUGGAAAAGAACCUGAAUAAACAUAUCUGAAAAUAUGGAGUUGUAUUUAACUACUAGAUAUGUGCAGGAGCUGAUAUCGUAUUCUACGAAAAUGUGAAGUAAUAUAUUUAAUAAAGG